AAGCCACGGAGCCCUCCACCAUCGCCAAAUCCAACUUCCACCCAGAAAAGAAAACAGUCAUGCUGAUUCACGGCUUUCUGGAUAACAGCAAAUCAGACUGGGUGACUGACACCUGCCAGUUGCUGGUUCAAGUGGACGAUGUGAACUGUAUUGUUGUUGACUGGAAAAAGGGUGGCAUGAUUACAUUCACACAGUCCGCUCACAACGUCCGAGUGGUGGGAGCAGAGAUCUCCUACUUCCUGUCUGUGUUGGAGCAAGACUUCAAGUACUGUUCUUCCAAAGUUCAUCUGGUCGGGCACAGCCUGGGAAGCCACAUCGCUGGGGAGGCUGGGAAACGAAUCCCUGGUAUUGCCCGCAUUACUGGCUUGGACCCUGCUGAGCCCUAUUUUCAGAACACCCCUGCCGAGGUCCGGCUGGACCCCACUGACGCCCGCUUUGUCGAUGUUAUCCACACUGACGCCUCCUGCCUGAUUCCAAGUGUUGGUCUAGGCAUGAUGCAAGCAGCGGGUCAUCUUGAUUUCUAUCCCAACGGUGGGGAAUACAUGCCUGGCUGCUCCAAAAACGUGCUCUCCACUGUCCUCGACCUUGAUGGCAUCUGGGAAGGUACUACAAACUUUGUUGCCUGUAACCACAAUCGUGCCAUCAAGUACUUUACUGAAAGCAUUAAGAUUCCUGAGGGAUACCUGGGCUUCCCUUGUGCAGACUACAAUACUUUCCAAUCAGGGACCUGCUUUAACUGUUCCAGGCAAGGCUGUCCAGCGAUGGGAUAUUUUGCUGACUCUUAUAAAGUCUUACCUGGAAUUGUCAAUGAGAAAUUCUAUCUAAACACAGGGGGUGAAAAACCUUAUGCACGCUGGAGAUACAGCGUGGUCCUGAAACUGACAGGCAAUCGCGCUGUCUCUGGUGACAUCAGAGUGGCUCUGUACGGCACCGAGGGCAAUAGUCGCCAACACCAACUUGUAAAAGCGCUCCUGAAGCCCAGAGAUGUGUACAGCCAGGUCAUUGAUGUGGAGGCUGACCCUGGAGAGAUCCUCAAGGUGAAGUUCAUCUGGGAGAACAGCUUCAUUAACCCCUUCCUUCCCAAACUGGGAGCCGAGAGCAUUACCAUAACGAGGGGGAGAGACGGGAAGGAGUUCCAUUUCUGUGGGAGUGGCACAGUUAAGAAACUGACCCUCCAGACUCUCGCACCCUGUGCAAGUGGCAUCUGAUCACAUGCCAUCUGAUCACAGCAGCUGAAAGCCUUGCUGACAUGAAAGCAUUGAGUUCAUGUUUGGAGCUUCACUGUCCUGUAUCCAACACUAAAACCAAAUACAAAAUAAAAGUGUUUGAAACAG